GGAGCCUGCGCGGGGCUGAGCCUGGAGGUGCGGAGCAGAGCGCUCUCGGGGCUGCUCCUGUCUGAGCAGCGGCGGCGGCGGGGACUCGCUUCCUCCCUCCUUCCUUCCAGCCUCCCCCUUCCCUGGGCUCGGCCCCACCGCCACGCCCGGGCGGCCCCCUCCCCGCCAUCCCCUCGCUCCCCUUCACCCUUCUUGGCACUUUCCUCUGGAACAACCCUCCCGGACAAACUUUGAUGGAGAAUUUCACACCACGCUGGAAAGAUGCCGGUGAUGAAAGGACUGCUGGCGCCCCAGAACACCUUCCUGGACACCAUCGCCACCCGUUUUGACGGCACCCACAGCAACUUCAUCCUCGCGAAUGCCCAGGUGGCUAAGGGUUUCCCCAUAGUCUACUGUUCUGAUGGCUUUUGUGAGCUUGCUGGAUUUGCCCGAACUGAAGUCAUGCAGAAGAGUUGCAGCUGCAAAUUCUUAUUUGGGGUUGAAACCAAUGAGCAACUGAUGCUUCAAAUAGACAAGUCACUGGAGGAGAAAACGGAAUUUAAAGGAGAAAUUAUGUUCUACAAGAAGAAUGGGUCUCCAUUUUGGUGCCUAUUGGAUAUUGUUCCCAUAAAGAAUGAGAAAGGAGAUGUGGUACUUUUUCUGGCAUCCUUCAAAGAUAUAACGGAUACAAAAGUGAAGAUUACUCCCGAAGAUAAAAAAGAAGACAAAGCCAAGGGAAGAUCAAGAGCAGGGACCCACUUCGACUCAGCCCGGAGACGGAGUCGAGCGGUCCUUUAUCACAUCUCUGGGCACCUGCAGAGAAGAGAGAAGAACAAACUGAAAAUAAAUAAUAAUGUUUUUGUAGAUAAACCGGCGUUUCCGGAGUAUAAAGUUUCUGAUGCAAAAAAGUCCAAAUUCAUACUUUUGCAUUUCAGCACUUUUAAAGCCGGCUGGGACUGGCUUAUUCUCUUGGCGACGUUUUAUGUUGCCGUGACCGUACCUUACAACGUUUGCUUCAUUGGCAACGACGACCUGUCCACCACUCGGAGCACAACAGUGAGCGACAUUGCAGUGGAGAUUCUUUUUAUUAUAGAUAUUAUUUUAAAUUUCCGAACAACCUAUGUCAGCAAGUCUGGCCAAGUUAUCUUUGAAGCAAGAUCAAUUUGCAUCCACUAUGUCACCACUUGGUUCAUCAUUGAUUUAAUCGCUGCUCUGCCUUUUGAUCUCCUGUAUGCUUUCAACGUCACAGUGGUUUCUCUUGUGCAUCUCCUGAAGACCGUUCGGCUGCUGCGACUUUUGCGCCUCCUGCAGAAGCUGGACCGUUAUUCCCAACAUAGCACCAUCGUCCUGACUCUGCUCAUGUCCAUGUUUGCGCUCCUUGCACACUGGAUGGCGUGUAUCUGGUAUGUCAUUGGAAAAAUGGAGAGGGAAGACAACAGCCUUCUGAAGUGGGAAGUUGGCUGGCUCCAUGAGUUGGGAAAGAGACUGGAGUCUCCGUACUACGGCAACGGCAACAGCACCUUGGGGGGCCCGUCGAUCCGAAGUGCCUACAUUGCAGCCCUGUACUUCACGCUCAGCAGCCUCACCAGCGUUGGGUUUGGGAAUGUCUCUGCCAAUACCGAUGCAGAAAAGAUCUUCUCCAUCUGCACCAUGCUGAUCGGUGCCUUGAUGCAUGCCUUGGUGUUUGGAAAUGUGACGGCGAUCAUACAGAGGAUGUACUCCAGAUGGUCCCUCUAUCACACUAGAACUAAGGAUCUGAAGGACUUCAUACGUGUCCAUCACCUGCCCCAGCAGCUCAAGCAGAGGAUGCUCGAAUAUUUCCAAACAACCUGGUCAGUCAACAAUGGAAUAGAUUCCAAUGAGCUUCUGAAAGACUUUCCAGAUGAGCUGCGUUCUGACAUCACUAUGCACUUGAACAAGGAAAUCUUACAGUUGUCCCUCUUUGAGUGUGCCAGCCGGGGCUGUCUCAGGUCUCUGUCUCUACACAUUAAAACCUCUUUCUGUGCUCCGGGCGAGUAUCUGCUGCGUCAAGGAGAUGCUCUGCAGGCCAUCUACUUUGUAUGCUCGGGCUCCAUGGAAGUUCUUAAAGACAGCAUGGUGCUCGCUAUUCUUGGAAAAGGGGAUUUAAUUGGAGCAAAUCUAUCAAUUAAGGACCAAGUGAUCAAGACCAAUGCAGAUGUGAAGGCUUUAACCUACUGUGAUCUCCAGUGUAUCAUCCUCAAAGGACUCUUUGAAGUGCUAGACCUUUACCCAGAAUAUGCUCACAAAUUCGUGGAAGACAUUCAGCAUGACCUCACAUACAACCUUCGAGAAGGUCAUGAGAGUGAUGUGAUAACAAGAUUAUCAAACAAAUCUACAGUCUCACAGUCAGAGCCCAAGGGAAAUGGCAGCAUCAACAGGAGACUGCCAUCCAUUGUGGAAGAUGAGGAAGAUGAGGAGGAGGAGGAAGAGGAGACCGCCUCCCUCUCUCCUAUCUACACGAGGGGAUCCUCCUCAACACGGAACAAGAAGGUGGGAAGCAAUAAAAGCUAUCUAGGUUUAAGCUUGAAGCAGCUGGCCUCAGGAACAGUGCCAUUUCACUCGCCUAUCAGAGUCUCCAGUUCAAGUUCCCCAAAAAGCAAACAGGAAGCUGACCCGCCUAAUCACAGUAAAAAGAAAGAGAAGAACUUGAAAUUGCAGCUUUCAACCUUGAAUAGUGCUGCACCCCCAGACCUCAGUCCAAGGAUUGUUGAUGGAAUUGAAGAUGGAAACAGUAGUGAAGAAAGCCAGACUUUUGACUUUGGCUCUGAACGAAUCAGACCAGAACCCAGAAUUUCUCCUCCUCUUGGAGACCCAGAGAUUGGAGCUGCUGUUCUCUUCAUCAAGGCAGAGGAGACCAAGCAGCAGAUAAAGAAACUCAACAGUGAGGUAACAACGCUGGCUCAGGAGGUCUCCCAGUUAGGGAAAGACAUGAGGAGUGUGAUGCAACUUCUAGAAAACAUUCUGCCACCCCGGCAGCCGGCGCGGUUUUGCUCUCUGCACACCGCCUCUGCACACCCCUCCAGGGACGGCUUCCAGAGCAGGAUGACCUGGAGUGCACGCCAACCCUGCCUGCACUUGCAAGCAGGCGGGGCUGCCUCCACCCAAGCACAACUUUGUCACGCGAAUGUCACCUCGGACAUCUGGAGUGUGGAUCCCUCCUCCGUGGAGACCAGCCCCCAGCGAACUGGAGCUCUGGAGCCAAACCCUGCAGGCAGUGACCUCGAUCCUUCUCCAAACCUUGAUUUUCCACCCGCCCGCUACCCGGUGGUCCAGGAAGGUCAUUUGCAAUUUCUAAGGUGCGUCUCGCCGCAGUCUGAUUCGACGCUGACGCCUCUGCAGUCCAUUUCGGCGACUCUCUCGUCCUCUGUCUGCUCCUCCUCCGAAACGUCCCUGCACCUGGUUCUCCCAAGCAGGUCGGAGGCAGGCAGCUUCGGCCAGGGGGCUGUGAGCUCCUUCAGCCUGGAGAACCUGCCAGGGUCUUGGGACCGGGAAGGACUGACACCCAUCUCUACCAAACCCUUGGAGAACUUUCCACUGCAAGUCGUCACAAGCACAGCCGCCGCCGACGUGAAAGAUAACAAAGCCAUCAAUGUAUGACCUUAGUGCACGGGAGGCAGCUGCCAACUUCCAACCCGCCAGUGCAUGGCUGCUUUGGCUGCCUUUUGUGCCUCUGGCAGACGUGAGGACCGAGCAGAGCAGGGAGUCCUGCGGGAGAGAGCCAGCCUAGGGGCCAGGGCAAGGCACAGGCACCACCAUAGCCGCUUUCUAGAUCCUAGACACAGAAGAGGAUCACUUUUCCUGGACAGGUAUUGGCUUACCGGUCUGUUUGACGGACUUUGGUAAAAAUGCAAAGGCCCUGAGCAGCUAGAAGUCCCAGACAAAGAACGUGUGGACUCGUCUUGUCCCAGGUGGCUUUUGUGAAGGGCAAGCAAAGGUUUCUCCCAAGCGUCUGUUUGUCAUCCUUGAACAAUAUCCGUAGCACUGUUGGCCUGCAGCGGCGCCUAGCUCCUGCUGACCUAUUUUCCUUUUUUGUGAAGGCAAAGAGACAAACAUCACUGCAUGUCAUCUCCUAGACAAUCAGUCAAGUAGAGCUGGUGGCCAAUGGUUAGCUAUUGCACGUUAUUUGCCGUGUAAAUGAUGAUGUCUUUAUUUAUCAAAACAAAAGAGAGAGCCUAUUUUUAUAUCCUUGGUAUGAAAUAUGUAUUUAAUCUAUUUAAACUAUUUAUAAAGAAAUGAAUGUUUUCAUUUUGGUAUAAAAAAAAAGCUUGCCAUUUUAACAAGAAAUGCACUACUGCUAUGUAUAGUAGAUCAAAAAUUAUUUAUGAUUAAGAGGAUGUAGUUUCAAAAGGCACCCCUCGCCCCCUUUUAUCUGCAUGCAGUUUGCCACAAAUGUAUCCUUAUGCUUCUGGAUGAUGAGAGAAAAGCGAGGUCAGACCUUCUCAUUAGAGAUCUCACUUCCCCGGCUCACUGCUCUGAGAUCACUACCAUGCACUUGGUGAAAUGAAAUGAAAGCAUGGACUCGGUGUCAAGUACACAAGCUCCAGCCCAUGGUAGGGGCUCCACCUACUCAGCUGACUCGAGGCUGCCAGCAUAAAUGCCCCUUCUCCAGGCAUCACACUUGGGUGUGCAGGAACCCAAAGGCAGUCUGUGGGAUAUGAAAUCACAACUACAUUGGGCCGUUUUGGCCUCAAAAUAAGGGAGAAGACCUUGGGUGUCUCCCUGUGCUGUCGCUUCAGGAGAGGUUGCAGGCUAGUGCAAAUUCCAAAAUUGAGCCAAGACUUCUGAUUUGUGAUUUGUGAGGGAAAUGCCUCACAAAAUUGAAGUGCAUGGGAUCAGCACUUUAAUUUUUUUUAAAGCUCUCAACAAUGCUCUAAGUGAAGUGGAGCAGGUGUUUUCCUUCUCAUUUAGAGAGAGAGAGAGAAAGAAAGUCCCAGAGAUUACACAGCAAGGAGGCUGGAGAAAGUCUGGAGCGUAUAAUGCUCCCUGUACCCUCCCUCCUCCCACCACCACCACCUCCCCUACAUCUCAACCAGCACACAAAUUCAGAUGCUGGCUUGGUAAGGAUUUAAACGCCUUCUUUUAAAUUUUAUUUUAUGUUUAAGAACAUUUAGGACCCAAUCAUCCCAGACGUUCUUAGAAAACCUAUUGAAUUCACAUUCUGGAGUCCCCCUGUUCUUAUUUCCCACCAUAGAGAAUCAGCAAUCUGAGAACUGUGUCAUUAAAAACAUCUAAACAAGCAAGACUUCUGAUGUGUGAAUCUUAUAACCUAAAAUAGGCUAGAAUAACCGAAGAAAAGAAAAUGUGGAAACAGAACAUGUAUAUGAGGCAGGUCACUCAAAAAUCAAUGCUUUCUACUCUCCCACUUCCAUAUUGAAUCUCUCCCUACUUAAGUGAAUGGGAAAACUGAGGCAAAGGGAACAG